UUGUUUAACAGCGAAACAUUGUUCAACAUUUAUGAUAACUAUUCAGCACUGAAUGCGGCCAACAAUAACAUUGGUUACGACAACAUGACGUCCGGUGCCGGACUACUAGACAAUUAUACAGAAUUAUUAGCCAUUAAUGACAAUAACAACAACAACAGUGCUAUCUAUGGAAAUGAUAGCUCCGGUGAACGGUUAAUACCCGAUGAAGUUUAUCUACAUUUUCUUGAUUCGUCACGUUUUUGGAUACAACGAAUACUUGUGCCGCUUAUUAUGAUUAUCGGUACAAUUGGUAAUACCAUUACGAUAGUCAUAAUGACCCGCAGGCGUAUGCGAUCGUCGACCAACUGGUAUUUGGCAGCACUGGCCAUAUUUGAUAUGCUUUACCUAAUCUUUACGUUUUACCUAUCGUUUCGACACUACGACAACAUUAAGGACUUGAAAUUUUACUACUAUUGGCUUCUCUGGCCGUACGCCGUCAUGAUAUGUGACGGAUCGUCAAACACAUCCAUUUGGUUGACCGUCACGUUUACCAUUGAAAGAUAUAUUGCCGUUUGUUAUCCAAUGAAAGGGAAAGUUAUUUGCACUGAAUCGAGAGCUCGCAAACAAAUUUUCUGUGUAUUUAUUGUAUGUUUUGGAUUUACAAUACCCACACCGUUUGAAUGGGAAAUACUUGAACGGUUUGAAGCCAUAACCAACCAAACAGUCCUACAGGUAAUACCGUCGGCAUUGGGAAGCAAUGAGAUAUACAAAUUGGUCUACUAUUGGCUGACAGUUGUACUAUUCAUAUUCAUACCGUUCCUAUUGUUGACAAUAUUCAAUACAUUUCUCAUACGAUCUGUACAUUUAUCGCGCCGUCAGAGACGGACAAUGACCAGACCUAAUGAACAGGCAAUGAAAGCCACACUAACGUCAAGUUCAUCAACGACAACGGCGCCACCGGCCGACACGUCAUCCAAACAAGAGUCGCGUAUAACCAUAAUGUUAAUAGCAGUGGUCAUACUGUUCCUUAUAUGCCAACUGCCGACAGCCGUUACCCUAAUCUAUACGGCCUUUCACGACAUCGACCUGAACACCAACUCCGGUGUACUCAUACGCGGUUUGGGCAAUAUAUUCAACUUUUUGAUGGCCAUCAAUGCGGCCGGAAAUUUUGUACUCUACUGUUUGCUUAGCAACAAAUAUCGGCGAACAUUCCUCCAGAGUUUCUGUCCCUGUCUUAAGGGUAAAGUUCAGAGACUGCAAAGUGCUUACCAACAGACAAAUGUCUACACAAACUCCACAUCAUUGGCCAAGAAGUCAAUGAAAUCGCAGUCAUCGUUGGACAGAACCCGUACGUUAGUGUCCAAGAGGUUGGUCUCGUACAGGGAGGCCAUCAAUCAACAGUCGUUUGAUAACGUGGUCAUUGAAAAUACUAAACUUAACGGCACUGUUACUAAUGUUAAUAGAAGUAUUGAUAAGUGGUAG